AUGGUCAUCAUAGUGCAUAGCGCGGCCUCCCGUCCAACAGGCGGUCCGGCGUUCUCGCGCGCACAGAAGAAGGACAUCGCUGAGCAGAUGGACGAUGCUCUUGACGAGUCCUCUCACACGCACUCUCGUUCCGCAGAGCUGUCAGAGGACGAGCAGACUUCUGCUAAGGUGUCCAUGUGGAUGACCGACACUGAGCGCCAGGAACACUUCGUCGACCGCUCUGACGACCAGCAGCCAGACAACUCUACUACUGACGGUCCCUCCGCAGAAGAGCAGUUCCUGGCCAAGAUGGAUGCGAACAUGGGCGUCGAACCUGAGGACUGGGAUACAUCCGCUGACGACCCCGCCGCUGUGCCUGACAUGGAUGACUCCUCCGACAUCGAGGACACCGGAACGGGCGACUGGGUUUUGGUCGGCGAGGGCGAUGAGGUUAACAAGUUCGUCGUUCCUGUGCCCUCUACGUACGAAUACAAGAAGGCGGACGCGGCGCCGGCUCGUAAGGGCUGGUUUGGCUGGUUCUACUAG